ACGGUAGUGAUCGUAUGAUGGUGGUUGAGCAUCACACGAUGGCCAUCGGUAUAAGGUACUACCUCCGUACCGUGCGGUAUACCAUCACGCGAUGGUGAUCCGUGAUGGUGUGGCUGGUAUAGCGCAGGGGUCAUUGGAGAGGGUCAGCCCGGGUCAGGAAACAAACAAAAUGGCGGCGAAUGAUGCAGCUGCCCGCGACGCGCCGAAUUGAGGCUUCAAAUCUCAUCUUGCAUUAACAUUUGAAUCUUGAAAUGCACUGCAAGAGAUAGAUCUGCUUGUCAGGAUCACACUGACACCUUUGAUCGCCUCAUCUGAUCGGUUGGGACUGUUAUAUUGAAUUUUUCUGUGACCAUGUGUUAUGCCUCAAAAUGGCGCGUCAUGUGGAUUGCCUGACACGGAUUUGAGAAAGAUGGCGAAAGUCAAAAAGGACAUUAGGAAUUUUCGUGGGAGGACCCCCUUUGUGAAGAAGACUUCAGUUAACUCAGCAGAUGGCAGGACAACUGUGAGUCGCAUUCCCUUGCUAGGUACCCAGCCUGAAGCACAAGAUUCACAAGCCAGCACAUCAGCCACUGCCGAGCUUCCUGUUAUACCUGUACCAGCUGCAGACCCAGAGCCUACCCUGCCACAAACACAGACAGCAUACUGUAAACAAAAAACCCGUGAACUAGAAUCCUGGAACAAAGUAAGGGAUCUUGUGUAUCAAACCAGCGUGGAGCUGGCUUCACCAAUCUCCUUUAUCUGCACCACAUGUCGAACGGUCGAGGAGAGUCUGAUUUUCAGGUGCAAGGAAUGUGGUCCUGUGGCUAUGUUCUGCAUAGAGUGUCUGAGGGAGCAACAUAAAGACCAUAAGUCCUUCCAUGUUCCAGACAAGUGGGAGGGUACCUUCUUCCGUCCCUAUCAUCUGAGCCAUACCCUGCAUCUGCCCCAUCAUGCUGACUGUCCAACAAGGUACUGCAAGUCAGUCAAGGUGUUUGAUCCUGCAGGUCGCCUUCAGUAUUUUGAGGUAGCCUUCUGUGACUGUGAGCAGAUCAGCUGCACCCUCCUCAGAUAUGGCUUGUGGGGGUCUACAGUAUCAGAUCCACAAACUGCCUUUGCCACCUCCCUGCUGGAGUGGUUAGUCAUGUUCACCUUAGAGGCACAGGUCUCUGUUGAGGCAUUCUGUAAGGCCGUCCGCUACAAGAACAACCUUUCACUCAGUGAGACGAACACACUUUACAGGUCCCUUAUUGGCCAAUCAAUUGCUGAGUUUCGACACUUCAUGUAUAGAGUAAGGACCAUGAAAGAUUUGUGUCCAUUGCUAGAUGAUGGGACAACCUGCCCGGCAUGUCCAAAGAAGGACGGCACUCAAAUAAUUGCCCUGGAUGGUAACUUUGGAUUGGUGAGGAAACAGAGCUCUGGAACCAGCUCUGGACCGCCAUUGCAUGGGACAACACUUUUCAUGGAGGAUGAUCGUGUGCAAGACUUUGUUGAGAAGUACAAGAAGAAAGACGAUGGCAAACAAGUUGAGGAACUGGAUUGCAGCAACUUCAGAGCAGGCAGCAUCAUACGCUCACAGGGAAAGCAGAAAAAGCUUGAUGUUUCUGGGGUGUUUGGAAGUGUAUGCCGCCAUGAGAUUCCUAGAUGUUUUCUAAACAUGAUACACGGAGAACGGUUUGCAUACCCAGUAUGCCUUAUAGAAGAGCUGCUGGCAGAUGUGGCAGGACGUAACAUCAAGCUUAAAGUGAUCUAUGACAUCGCAUGCAAACUUCACUCCCAUCUCAAGAAAACACGCCAGAAUGACCUACUGGGUAAGGUGACACUUGCACUGGAUGUUUUCCAUUCCUACGGCCAUAAGACAUCAUGCCAGCUGAAUUACAGCACAAGAAGGCUGCCUGGGUUCGGACUUACUGAUGGAGAGGCAGUAGAGCGGAUGUGGGCCUUCCUUAGACGCUUCUCCAGGAUUACCAAAGAAAUGACUCCAACACGCCGUUUAGACUUGCUGACAGAUGGGCUGUUACAUUAUUCGCGCCGGAAGACACUUGAUAUUGAAGUCGCCCUUGUCAAGAAGAAGCAAAGUGCAGAAAAGGCUGGCUGUGUCGCCAAAGAAGGGCUAGAUGCAGUCAUGGCUGACGCAAAUGUGUCAAUGGAUGACAUCAAGUCAUGGGCUCAGAGAGAAAAGGAUGUCAUCAAUACUGAAAAGCAGUCCACCUCAAAAGAAGACAAGUGGAAAACUUUGUAUGUGACAAAGUUGCUUCAGUUAAAGACAGUGCGGGAACAGAUACUUUCAAUGGGGGAGGAGAGUAGCGAUGUGGACGUAUACCAGUCUUCAUUUUUGAAGCUGGACCAGCAACUGAGUGAACUUGAGCGAACGCACCGCAUAUCUGCACGUUGGUCAACAUCCAGCCACCAAUUUGUUGCAACAAUGAAAGAGGUUGACUUGGCAGUUAGGUCCGCCCUUUUAUCCCGUAUGCGUGGCCUUUCGUAUGAGCGGUGCUUUUUAACUUCCCUCAAGAGGAAGUAUCCUGAUGGCCAAGCAAUUUCGCUGAAGUUGGCAAGACAACUAACGACAACAAACACAAAGCUCCAAAAGACCGUAGAUGAGUACAACGCAGUGGCAACGCAGUGGGAGCCAAAACAUCCCAAUUUUCCAGUGUCCAUCCAGUUUCGGGAGGCAACCGAUCCCUCUUGGCAAACCUACUUGUGCCUGGACCCAAAUAUGUUGGAGGAGCCAGGGUUGCCACGGAGUGUUCAGCGCAGGGCAAUAGAGCACCUCAAUCUCCUGCAGCGAGCAGAAGAAGAGGUGGAGAUGGUGCGACAGGAGAUGAAGGAUGUUUUCAACCACUUCCAGACAGAGAGGGAGCUUGUGGAGGCAGAAAUCAUGAAGUGUGAUGAUUUAACAAGUGGAAGAGUAGCAACAUUGACCACCCAUGUAGUUAUGCUUGAAAAGAGACUGGUAUCCAUGUAUGAUUUCUUCCGCCAUCAUGACCCUGACCUAGAACUGCCUACUGUAAAGACAACAUACCUCGUACUUUUCCCUUUUAAAAACCCUGACUGCCUUGACUAUAUAUGUGAUUCACUGUCAGAAGAUGAGAGUGAAUGUGAUGAUGAAGCAUUGCCAGAUGUUGAUUCUUGGAUGGAUGAUGACAAUGAUUGUGAUUAGAUAGAUAAGUUUAUUUUAUUACACGUUCUUGGAUGAUGAUUGCAAAUAACACCAUGAAUAACCUAAUUCUAUGUUUAAGCUAUUACUUGUGCAAAUAAUGUUGAUGAGGAAUUAUUAUAAUUUCAUGUUGCUAGUAUGCAUAUGUUCAACCUCUUCUCACUUCCUAUAAUGGACAUGAAUGUAUGGACAGCUGUAGUCUAUAUUGGUCAUUCCUGGUCUAAUUGCCAUAGUAAAUAUGAGUAUAUGCAACUUAUCUUGUAUGAGAUUGAAAAGGACAUUUCUUUGCUGUAUUAUGUACAAUGUCUUAAUUUACAGUAUUGGGACAUUCUCUGCUGAAAAAGAAUGCAGUUAUGUCUACCUUUUUAGAUUUGGAGUUUGAAUUGAGUAAACUAAUCCGGAGCUUUUUAGUAGACUUUCUAUGCCAAAUAUGUAUAAUAUGUAGUGUUAUGUACAUAAUCCUCCUACAAGUAGGUAGCUUGACAUAUAUUCAUAAUGUGUUACAAUGUAGGACAUGUGGUAACGCUAAUGUGAUUUGGUAAAUCUAAAUCGUGCAUAUGUCCAGACUUCUUUUUGUAACCAGUACAGAGAAAGUGUCCCUUCCGUAGUGGGUUUUGAAAUAUUGAGAGGUUUUUUUUUUCCAACUGUAAAAUUUUACAUAGCUGACUUCUUUCAUAGUUGUAACAGGAGGCGAGAUGUCUUUUGUUGCCCCAAGUUGUCAACAUAUUAACAGAUUCUGUCACGGAGCUGUUCAAAGCAGAAAUUGUGUAUAGUUUGUAUUUAGAUUAUAUUCUACAGGUCCAUAAUAAUGAAGUUGUUACUAAACAAUGAAAGCACACCUGUUUGUGACUUAUUACUUCCAUUUUCUUGUAUGUUCAUAUUCUUUGAUGCAUAGAAUAAAAAUCAUUCUCGUUUAUUAUUCGACAGUUAACACCUGUAUACAGGUCGCACAACUUAUAUGGCUUGAUUUCUGUGACUGAGCAGAGAAGAGUAAAAUGG